AUGGCCACUGUACGAAUGUCUCAGCCGGGCACACCGGCCACCACCCAGCCAAACUACAUGAAAGUAUUCAUCCAGCGGGAUUACAGUGAAGGCACUUCGGUAAAGUUCCAGAACCGCUUUCCCCCCGAGCUGGAGAGUAGGAUCGAUAGACACACCUUCGAGAGCACCAUGAACAAAUUGAACGAAUAUUUCGCGGAGGCAGAGAAAGGUUCUUGCAGCACAUAUUGCGAGGGAUGUCUGGCCUGUAUUACAGCUUACUUGAUUUACAUAUGCACGGAAACACACUACGAAAAGUGUCUCCGGAAGGUGUCAAAGUACAUCGCAAUGCAAAACGAACGGGUAUACAAUCCAAAAGGGCUGCAAAUCACGGACCCGGUGUAUCGCGGGCUGCGUGUAAUAGAAAUUUCCAUCCUAGAUCGACCCGGGCGCACGUGA